AAAUUUUGCUUCGAAAAUAUCUUCGUCACGCAUAAACGCGCAGUAAAUAAUCGGUCUCCGGGUAUUUUUGGAAAAUUUAGAUUUUACUCGAGCUUCACGAUCAUCCAGCGAUGUAGAGACACCCGUGACGCAUGUGAAGACCCAUUGAACUUUCGGGAGUUUGCCUACGUCGAGGAAAAAUGUUCCCACCGAUUAAUCCGGCCGAUCCGGUGCGCUGAAAGGACAGUGCGAGGAUGAGGAGGAGGUCAAAAAGUGCUGAAAACCCUUGCCCAGUGAGGCGUGUGAAGUGCUUCUGGAGAUGAGGUCGAGGCGAGGCUGCAGUGGACCAAAAGUCUGGAGGAGUUGAUAUCGGGGUGACUGAGUAUGUCGCGAGCUGCGCGCUCUCGCCGGUCCAACAUCUUUCCGUUAUCCCCCUCGACGACCCUCCACCUUCUAUCUGCUCUCCUUCUUACGCUCUCUUUGAAAGAUGUCAUCUCGACGGAGGAAAUCGCUCGAAGCGACGGUGUCGAUGGUAUCGAGAAGAGCAAUGAUACCGAGAUUUUUGACGUCGGUGAGACGAAAAUACUCGCCGCAGGUGACAGCAGCAGGGAGUCUCACCAAAAGUUGAUAAACACUACGAACCACGGAGAGAUCGGAAACGUUGAUAAGCGAACGUUCUUAUCAAACGCAAGUGACAAUUCCGGGGAAUUCAGCAUCGCGAUUUCUGACGUGAAAGGACAGAGUUUUCCUAAAAUCUUGAACAGCAAUGAGAAAAUAUCAAAUCGUGAUGAAAACGAACUCGGAGUGACGAAGUCAGGCCACGAUUACGUCGCCGAAGACGACGACGACGCGACGGACCCAAGAACAACAGAACGGACUAAUCUCGAGGCGAAAGUUGGUGGUGAAGCUCCUUUCCUGGGGUUUGUCGGUUCUCAAAAGUUUCCGGUCAGACCGACCUACAAGCCUCCGCCACCCCCGGAGAAGUUUGACAGGCGCCAUUUUGGACUGGCUAAACCGGAAGCGGAGGAGAGCAGCGCGUCUGGAUCAACGUCGGAACCGGAUCUUCCAAAAAGUCCGAGCCGAGAUGUGAGCCUGCAUAAUCCAAAGGUCGAGCGGCGGGAAGAUGGACUUGAUCCAAACGCAACCGCUGUCGGACCGGAAGCGACUCAUCAAAACUCUUCGGCAGCUCUUCCCGGAACUUCACCAGGCCUCCGAGCCCUGGGGACGAUGUCGAAUGCUUCACUGUUCGAUGGAAAGAACGAAACGCUGCCUGGUUCCGGGGCGGGGAGUCGAACCGGCGGCGUGAGAGGAAGCUUCGAGGCCAACUUGGAGAACCUGACCUUGCCAAAAACCCCGGCCGUCCGCAUCGACGACUUUGGAAUACUGAGGGACCUGAACGGCGGACUGGAAUCGGUCAGGAAUCGGUCCGUCGGUUUCGCGAACGGCGGCAGGACGCGAUUUGGUGAUAGUGAAGGUGACAAGAUAAACGUGACUAUCCUCGGACUCUUCGAACUGACCCAAGGCAACGAACCCAGACCCGAAGGACUCAGCGAACUUCAAGCUGCCAGGCUCGCCGUCGAGAGGAUCAACCAGAUGGACAAGAGUCCCAGGUUCAGGAUCCACCUCGUACAUAAUGACACCAAGUGUGACCCGGGCGUCGGAGUCGACCGCUUCUUCCACGCGCUCUACUCCAGGCGGGACGCCCUGAUGCCUCUUCUCCUGGGCACGGCGUGUUCCGAGGUGACGGAAACCCUGGCGAAGAUCGUCCCCUACUGGAGCAUCGCCCAGGUCUCCUUCGGCUCAACGGCUCCAGCGCUGUCCGACGCCACCGAGUUUCCGCUCUUCCGUCGCACCGUCGCUCCAGACUCGAGUCACAACCCUGCCAGGAUCGCCCUCAUCAAGCACCUCGGCUGGGACACGGUCACGGCGUUAUCGCAGAACGGAGAUAUGUACUCCCUGGCGGUAAAUGACUUGGUCACGGAGCUGGAACAAGCCAACAUCACGUGUACCGCCACGAUCACGUUUGCAGCGAACGACUACAAAGAGCAGCUUCGCACUCUAAAGGAACUGGACACGCGGAUAAUCAUCGCAAGCUUCUCCCCAGUCUUAGCACCCCGAGUUUUCUGCGAGGCAUGGAAGCUGGGGAUGCACGGUGGUGACUACGCCUGGAUUCUGCCAGGGGAUGCCGUCGACCUUUCCGGAGUCACAGGAGAGUGGUGGCACACAAGACCCGAGGACUGUUCGUCCUCUGAGCUGGCCUCGACCCUGGACGGCCUCGUCAUCGUCAAAAGUCACACAGUGGUCUUGGGUCCGCACAAGAGUGACGCCGGCUGGACAACAGCUGAGUUCACCACAGAGCUGGCAACCAGAGGCGUGACCUUAUCAAGGUACGCCGCGCAGACCUUCGACGCAGUUUGGGCCAUGGCCCUCGCCUUGUCCAAUGCCGAGAAUUACCUUAAUCACAGGAACAUCAGUAUGGCCGAGUACACGCACGGCAGACGAGACCUCGCGGACCACAUUUUGCGCCAGCUCAGCCAGCUUGAAUUUAUGGGCGUUUCGGGUCCUGUGUCGUUUAAAGGUGCGGAUCGAAUCGGCAUCUCGGCGUUUUAUCAAAUGCACGGCCACACUUUGAGAAGAAUAGCCAUCUACACACCGACGAACGGAAGUUUGACGAUGACUUGCGCAGGUUGUGCAACUCCGCAGUGGCCAGGUGAACAUCCGCCAGCAGCUCGCAGAGUCUGCCGGCUGAGGGUAGUCACCGUCGCCCCUGGAGUUUUCCUCGCCGUCGCUUGCCUCGCCAGCGUCGGUGCCACCCUGGCCCUGGCCUUCCUCGCGUUCAACCUCCACUUCCGGAAGCACAAAAGCAUAAAACUGUCAAGUCCGAAGCUGAAUAACAUCGCUGCCGUUGGUUGCGCCCUCGUCUACGGAGCUGUGAUCCUCUUGGGACUCGACGAUGCAACUCUAUCUGACAGUGACGCCUACUUUCCGAUAGUUUGCACCGCCAGGGUCUACCUAUUGUCAGCUGGAUUUUCGCUCGCUUUUGGCUCGAUGUUCACCAAGACUUACAGGGUUCACAGGAUAUUCACAAGGAGCAGAAGUGGCGUUGUUAAGAAUAAGCUCCUCCAAGACACGCAGUUGAUAAGCCUGAUCUUCGUUCUCCUACUGAUCGACGGACUGGUCGUGACCUUGUGGGUGACGUUGGACCCGAUGCAAAGACACCUGCGAAACCUCACCCUGGACAUCAGCUCCCAGGAUCGAGGUGUCGUUUAUCAACCCCAGGUGGAGGUCUGCCGGUCCCAGCACACCAACGGCUGGCUCGGAGCUCUCUACGCUUACAAGGGACUUCUGCUUGUCGUCGGCGUUUACAUGGCAUGGGAGACGAGGCACGUGAAAAUUCCAGCAUUGAACGACUCUCAGUACAUCGGGAUGAGCGUUUAUUCAGUGGUUAUUACCUCCGUGAUCGUAGUGGUUUUGGCCAAUCUGAUGUCCGAUCGAGCAACCCUGGCCUUUGUUACGAUCACGGCUUUAAUUCUGGCCUCAACCACUUCAACCCUUGCGCUCCUCUUCCUGCCCCAAUUGGCGAACAUAUUGGCCGGGGAAAGAGCGGAUCCUGUCGUACAAAGCUUGGGACUAAAGAUCGAGUGCAACACAAGGCGAUUCGUCACGGACGACAGAAGAGAGCUGCAGUAUCGAGUCGAGGUACAAAACCGUGUGUAUCGCAAAGAGAUGGCUCAACUGGAACUGGAGCUUGCGAGAUUGGAAAAGCAGCUCGGCGAAGAGCCCCCGGGUCCCUCCCAGGCUUCUUCAAACGCCUCGAUUCCUCAGAGAAACCCGAGCAUAGGGGGUGGACUUCCCCUUCUGCUCCUGAGUGUUCUGCCGCCCGUAAUUCCGCGGGCAAGUUGGCCUUCAGCCGACCCUUCCGGCAUGCGCCGCGGAACCGUAGCCUUUAGCAGUCAGCCGGAUCUCGAGGAUGGUCCUCGGAGGAGUCUCGCCGACAUCUACAAGCUCCAUCAGCGCAGGGAAACGGAAGGACCAAACCGGCUGGGGGUAUUCAACAGACUCUUCAGCCUCUUCGGCAGUCGGCCCAACAGCCGCAAAACAUCCACCGCUUCCUUCACCGGGGUCGCUUCGGCGUUGCGUGUCCACAUGGGGUACAUCGCCGGCUUGGUUCCGGGUACAAAGGCAGCGUCCACGUGUCAGGUGGACACCCAAGGAACCAGACCACCCCAUCCUCGGUGCGGUUCCGGUCCUAUAAUCAGCAUAACCAGCGAGGAAGACCGAAGAUUGAGCCUCGGCCUCCAGCGGAAGGAGUGCAGCGAGCCGAGGGUGAACUUCACGCUUCCACCACAUUCCAGCGCUAGCCAGUCGUCUUCGCGGGAAAAAAUUCGAGGCUCCCCCAGGUUCCCGCAUCGCAUCGUUCCAGCCAACAGCCUCGGCACCAUUUCCACCCUCGGACCUGACCAGCCGCACAGAUGGAGAUCCAUGGAAGUAGCCGCUACCAGCCCAAAGCCAACUCAGAUUCCACGGGGCGUAUCGCUCAGCCCAAACUGUGACGUCUGGGCGACGUCCGAGGUCGGGAUCCCCCUCAGCGAACUGGCGAACAGUGCGAGAGGAAGAAAGCCACCGGAAACCCUGCCGCUGACCAUCCCCGCGGUAUCUGACGUAAGUCCCGACAGCUGGCUGGGAAGCGACUUACGGAUGCUCUUCAGCGAGCAAUCGCCGGUAGACUGUCUCGUAAACGAUGAUGUAAGUCCGGAAAUUGAGCGGCCUGGUAUCAGGCCAGAAUCGGGCCUCACGGUAGCCUUGAUCGUGCCCAGUGACCCGGUCAGUGACUCCAAUUCCGAAUCUCCUCUUGGUGGAAGCGGCUUCGAGUUUCUCUCACGCCACUCCACCCCGGACCAUCACAGCCCGAAAGUAAUCGCGAAAGCUUUGCAGGAUGUGGUUGUCCAUCCUCCAGGAUCUUCCGAGGUCGAAGAUCAACGGCGGGUGGCUGAGAUGAACGGUAACGAGGGACCCACCUAGAUCCUAAUCUGUGUGUUCCGCAUAGUCGUGUGCCAAUUAGGUCCCGCAGAAAUAUAUCUAUCUAACGAGCAACUAACUAAUGGAGGGAAUGGUAUGGGAGUACACCUGUUUUAUUGUUAGUGACAUUCGUCGCCACGUACUCUUUCUGCAGAACCUUGGACGGCAGGAACUUUUUAUCUAGGUGAAUAUGGGAAAGAUGAGACACCGGUGUCUAACUGCAUGGAAAAAUAACGCUGGACGCAUGUUAGACGAUGUAUUGAGGCGGAAGUGUAGAAAGGACAACUGCAGUAAAAUAGAAAAAUUCUUGCACUUUGGGGUAGAUUUCUUGCGACUAUUUGUAUGAACAACAGAAAAUUGGAAACGCAAUUCAUUGAUCGAUUCCUUCACUGUACGGAAGCAAUCUGCA